UUGUUCCAUAGAUACUCGGUGUUUUAGCGCAUAAACCGGGAAACAGGAAUAAAAUAUUGUGAAUAAUUUACGAACGCAAUCAUGCCAAUUGGAAAAAGCAUUCUGAUGACCCCGGACCCAUAUCACACACCAGGAUAUGGUGGUUUUUGUCCCCAGUUUAAAUACCAGAUUGGGGAAACCUUUGGUAGAACCACUUGUAACUUGUUGAGAAACCCCGGGGUGGCGAGCUCGGGUAAAUUAGUGCUAGCAGACAUCACCCCAAAACCAGAAUCCGAUUCCAAGUUAUUACAGAAACGGACCCAGAGCUGGGGAGACCAAAAACUAGUGGAAAAUAUGGUUCCGGGAUACACGGGUUUUAUACCAAAAGGUCAACACUAUUUUGGGAAGCGGUAUGCAUUAAACAGUAGAAAUGCCAUCAUAGAUUUCGAGAUAGAUCAGCAAGCUCACCAACACAAGAUGAACGAACUGAAACUUACAACAGCUAUUCAAUCCGGAAGUCCAGUGGCACCGGGGAUCUCACAAAAACUUCCGGAAAUAAGCAGCAGGUAUAUGACCCCCUUACAACCCAUUGCCAGAGAACCCAAACCCUUCGUCUCCAAACACGCGAUUUCUCAGCCAUUGUCACCUUAUUAUCUAGAUAAUAACGAUACUAGGAAGAAUUUUAUGUCAGGUUACACCGGAUUUGUUCCAAGAAGCCGUGGUCAGCUAGGAAUGGGUUAUCCAAUCAUAACACACCUAGCUCUCAAUGAAUUCACAGACGAUCUCAGAUCUCAGUCUGUUAAGGCUUCAAAGAGCGUUAAUAUUGAUAGAUCCGCCACUCAAAUGGUAGAUGGUAGACCUAUUUACCCAGUGGAAACUGGUCUUGUUCCACAUUACACAGGUCAUAUUCCAGGUCAAAAGUUCCGAUACGGCAAAACUUUUGGACACAGUACGGAGAACGCACUCAAGCAAAAAAUAUCAAGCUAAAUAAGCUUUUCCGGAAUACAACACAACGCAAUCACAUUUCAGAAUGGCAUGUAAUCGUACAAAUCAUAUUUACAAAAAUUUUCAUCAUGAUUUCCCAGUCAUGUUUGCUACCGAGAUUAAUUUAUGAAACAUUUAUAUACUGAAUAUAUUUGAUUUCAGAACUAUAGUAUUAUGAAAACAGUAUUAUAUUUAAUGUUUACAGGGCUUAUCAUUUAAUGAUCAUAUUGUAUACAUUGUAAAUUUGAAUUUUUUUGUGUAUGUAAAUGUACGUA